AUGAAGGAAUUCCCAUCUUUGAUCGACGAUGCAGACUUACCAAGCGGUCUGAACGUCCAAAAUGCGGAUGCAGACCCGAAAUGUCAGGUCAUGAUCGCUCCAGUGCUGCAUUUUAAACUGGUCCGAAUCGUCAGUCGCAUCCUUCAUAGCCUAUAUGGAAUUCAUGCCCCAACAGAGGCACGAAGAAUCUCUCUUGGGGAGGAAUUGAAUGAUGAACUCCAUGAAUGGCGGCGUCAAAUACCCCCUUUCCUAGACGCGAGUCAGGUCGAACCCAAGUUUCUUCUACCUAUGUUCGAGCGUCAAAGUAAUAUGCUGAGCCAGGCCUAUGCCCAUGCCGUCAUCCUUGUCAAUCGAGGUUGGGUUAUGUCUGAUUUGAAAGACUCACAUCUUGCACCCGGCGAGGAUAUGCGGCCGGAUGUCAGCGCCUGCCUGUCUGCUGCGCUUUCUAUCCUCGACACGAUCAACAAAAUGUUUCAAGCGAACAGAAUAUUCCCAGCAUAUUGGUUCACCCAAUACCAAGGCUUCUGCGCCAUAGUCAUGAUUUACACCUACACUAUCCGUGCAUGGUCGGAAGAUAACGAAUUCUGUCUCAGACACUUUCGAGCUGCAGAGCGCUGUCAGUCCCAGAUUGCUUCUAUUGCACAGGAGGGCUCACUAGCUCAUCGAUACUUUGUCAUCAUGGAGGAGUUCCGCUCGGAAGUACGCGGCCACAUCAAGAUUGACCCAGACCAAUGGACAGGAACAGUUCUGACUCCACAGUCUCCAAAUAAAAUUCCUCAAUGUCAGACAUUGACAGAUGAGGAACUUUCUAUGGUGAUGAAUGGAUUCUUAGAUCCUGGGAUACCACUAGUUGACUUUGACUUCGAGAGUUGCAUGGGGUCAGGGGAUCCAUAG